AUGAAGCUGCUGCUGUUGUGUCUGGGGUUGACGCUGGUCUGUGCCCAUGAUGAAGGAAACCAUGAUGUUGUGACAAGCAACUUCGAUAUGUCAAAGAUUUCAGGGGAAUGGUAUACCGUUUUCUUGGCCUCAGAUGUCAAAGAAAUGAUAGAAAAAGGUAGUAUCAUGAGGGGUUUUAUGGAAUCUAUCAAAGCCUGGGACAACUCUUCUCUGACAUUGAAAUUUCAUGUAAAGAUUGAUGGAGAGUGUACUGAAAUGUUUUUGGUUUGUCACCAAGCAACAGAGAAUGGUGUAUAUACUGUUAUCUAUGCUGGAUUCAAUACAUUUCGCAUAAUUGAAGUGGUCUAUAGUGACUAUAUUAUUUUUCAUCUCAUUAAUUUCAACAAUAAGCAAAAAUUUGAGAUGCUGAUACUCUUAGCCCGGAAUCCAAACGUGAGCCCAAAACUCAAGGAAAGGUUUGAGGAACUUUGUCAAGAAUAUGGAAUUGCUGAGGAAAACAUACUGGAUGUGACCAAAGUCGAUCGAUGUCUUCAGGACCGAGGGAGCCAUGAUGCCCAGGCCUCCAGUGCUGAGUGAAUGCUUCCUCACCUGGGCUCCAGGAUCUUCAUUCCAUGGUCUGCGACCUGUCUCCAUCACUAUCGUCCAAGAAGGCAUUAUCUCUGAAUCUAAUGGAUCUUCUCUAAUUGUCUCGACAGACUCAUCAAUUCAACAAGAAUCAAUGGUUUUCUCUAAAUUCCCCACUCUGUUUGCCAUACCCAGAGCUCUAUCAUGAAUAAGA